CAGCAACUAUCUGAAACAUUUUGAGCACACGGGCUUACACUCAGAGUUAGCACGUCCCUCUCACUAAUAGUGCUCCUCACAAACAGGCUUAACCUACAGAACAUCUGCAGAAAAGUUGAAAUUGCCACUAACAGACACAGUCACCUACUGGGAUUGGGAUUAUCAGCCAUGUUAUCUUUAAAGAGCAAAGACAUCUGAAGGUCGUCCCAGCAGUCUUUUGUGAAUGACUCAGAGAGAGCCGCGCACACUGGAAUAGCUGGGAGAAUGUUUGUGUGGGCCGGAAGCAAAGGAACUCAAGGAUCAGGAAGUGAGAGAAGCAGGACCAUUUAUCAGAAGAUUUGUGAGUAUGAUGUUUUGGAAAAGAGGAUGACAAUCACAGCGCUAAAGGCUGGAGAGGACCGAGCCAUUCUCUUGGGCCUCAGCAUGAUUCUUUUCUCUGCCCUGAUGUACUUUUUGCUAGGCAUCACAAUGGUGCACUCUUACUCAGACAGCGUUUGGACCGAGGUUUCAAACUGCACAGUGCUGAACUACAGUAUAGUUGCUGAGAUUAACUGUAGCUACAGUUGCGGCUCAGAGUGCAGGAAGAGCUCCAGGUUUCCCUGUCUUCAGGUUUAUGUCAGUCUGAAUUUCACCGGCAAAGUUCUGCAGCUGUCAUACAACGAGGAGGCACAUGAGGCCCACCCUGAGGUACACCACACUUAACCAUAUGCAUUAACUAAGCCGAUAAAUCACAUUACCUGUGAAUAGUGAUGCAGUGGCAGUUCUUCAGUGACACUAUGCUGUAAAAGAAAAAAAUACACGUUUGUUAUUUUAGGGAAUCUCAUUUUAAUGUAAUUAUUUUUAACCAGUGUAAAAAA